CUCUUAUCUCAACUUCUAAAUAAAUUUUCCAUUAUCACAAAAGAAAAAAAACUUCUUUGUUGAUUAUUCUUUUCUCUCAAUUAAUUGAAGAAAAUGAGAAGAAAUUGUAAUUUGGAGCUCACGCUUAUGCCUCCUUCUAUUUCAGAUAAUUUCUCUUCUAAGAAUUGCACAAUGGAGGAUCAACAAUUGGAGAAUAAGCAAUCACAACAGCUGACUAUAUUUUACAAUGGAAAAUUUGUGGUUUCUGAUGCUACUGAACUUCAGGCUAAAGCUAUAAUAUAUCUUGCAAGUAGAGAAAUGGAGGUGAAAAAAAACAAGAUGUCUGAUCCUUCAUCACCAUUAUUACAACCUCAAACUGGUUUAUUCAUGAAGCGAUCUCUACAAGGAUUUCUACAAAAACGAAAAAGAAGAGUUCAAGCAACUUCGCCAUAUCACCACUAGCUGCAUGCUACGGAUGAACUUCGCCUUAGUUUUAGUUCCAUUUGUUCAUACAUUUUUAUUUUUGGUGUUACUAAUAUGGUAGAUUUUUCCUAUAAGUGAUAUUAGCAAGUGUAUCACUUAUUUUACAGAUUUGUCAAUACAAAAAUUUCUCAAUUUCUCUCAUUAGCCUCAUGUGUGGUGAUCAGAACAUUUUUCCUCUCAAAGAUCUUUUCA